AUGGAAUCGAAUCAAGGUGAUCGAUUAAAGGAACUCCAACAGGAAGUCAGCGGUGUAAAAACGGUUAUACAAACUAAUGUUCACCGUAUACUUGAACGAGGUGAUCGACUUGAAAAUUUAGAUGGACGAGCUGAGGCGUUGAAUCAGUCGUCUGAAAAUUUCAACUUGUCGGCUCGUCGUGUUAAGCGUCAAUUAUGUCGUAAAAACAUGAAAUGGUCGAUUAUCAUUGCAGUUGGUUGUACGAUUGUUGUAUUGAUUGUACUUUUCAUUAUACUCAACGAUCUUGGAGUAUUUGGUCACUAG